CAGAAGAGCCCCUCCUUAAGAGCAUCAGAAUUAGACUCAUUUCCUUUGCAGAAGGCUGAUCAACUCCGCAGAUCCAGAGAUGGUUCUCAGUGUCACAUGGUCAGAAGUAACCUCAGUAAUGUGAAUUAACAUGAUAAUAUAAUGGUGGCAAAACACCAGUGCUAAUUAGAGCAUCAGAAGACAUAUUGCACUUUGUUUUCACUCAAUGGAGUAUAUAAAACAGGAGGCAAAGCAAACGCAUCAGGUAAAAGGAUACAGCCACCUCCAGAUCGACUAGAAAGCAUUGAAGAGACAGAACUAGCUGGACAACGAUGGCGAUCGGGGCCUUUUUGUUGUUUUUGCUGCUGGCUCUGCUGCUUCUGUUCUUCCUGAAUCAGCUCUGGACUCGAAGACAUUUGCCUCCUGGUCCCUUGGCUCUACCUCUCAUUGGGACCUUGUGGGCUAAUGUGACUGGACUUCAGGAAGAUAUUUUCCUUAAGAAUGCAAAACGAUAUGGAAAUAUAUCCACCAUGCUUUUAGGGCGUACCCCUUUAGUAGUGCUGUCUGGAUUCAAAACUGUGAAAGAAGGAAUGACCAGCUUCUCAGAAGUAUUCUCUGAUCGACCAGAUGAUCUUUUCCUGAAUGCUUUAGGGAAAGGAAAGGGAAUUAUUCUUUCAAAUGGCCACACCUGGAAACAGCAGCGACACAUCGGCGUCUCUGCUUUGCGGAAGCUGGGCCUGGGGAAGAAGAGCCUUGAGCAUCAAAUAGAGGAAGUUGCUCAGAAGCUGGUAGAGAUCUUUGCACAAACAAAGGGACAGCCAUUUGACCCUUUAAUUCCAGUGCUAAAUUCAGUUUGUAAUGUCAUAUGUGCUUUGAGUUUUGGACAUCAGUUUGCUCCUGAAGAUGAAAACUUCCAGAAGCUCAUUCAAGCCCUUAAAAUUAUUUUGGAAGUCAUUGGUGAAUUUUUCUAUAUGAUGUAUAAUUUCUUCCCACGGUUAAUGAACUACCUCCCAGGGCCCCACAAGGAGGCCCUGGCUUCUGCAGAGUUGAUCCGUUCCUUUGCAAAGCAGGAAAUAGAGGAACACAAGGAAUUCCACUCUCUGCACGAGCCACAAGAUUUCAUCGAUCACUACCUUCUUCAGAUGGAGAAGAGCAGGAAUGACCCCAACUCCACCUACAAUGAAGAGAACCUGGCUCAGUGUAUUUUUGAUCUUUUUGCUGCUGGAACAGACACAACCUUUGCUACUCUGAUGUGGGCCCUUCUCCUCUUGGCAAAUCAUCCGAACAUCCAAGAGAAAGUCCAGAAGGAGAUUGAAGAUGUGUUUGGCUUCUCGGGGUCAAUUUCCUAUCAAGAUCGGAAGAAGCUGCCCUACACCAAUGCUGUGCUGCAUGAAAUGCAGCGUUUCAAAUAUGUCUUGAUUAGUGGCCUUCCCAGGAAAAGUACAAAGGAUGUGAAGAUGAGGGCUUUCCACAUUCCAAAGGGGGCCUUUAUUUUCCCAGACAUGCGCUCUGUUCUUCAUGAUCCUGAACAAUGGGAGACGCCUGAAGAAUUCAACCCAAAUCACUUUUUAGACAAGGAUGGGAAGUUCAUCGCUCGAGAAGCGUUUCUCCCAUUCGGAAUAGGUGAGCGUGCAUGUCUGGGAGAGCAGCUGGCCAGAAUUGAGACCUUCAUCUUUGUGACCAGCCUGUUGAGGGCCUUCAGCUUCCAGCUGCCUGAAGGAGUGAAAGAACUCAAUCAAGCACCUAUUGCAAAGUUAACAAUGCAUCCACAUCCUUACAAACUCUGUGCUGUUCCCCACACAGGCAUAAACCUUAUAAAAACACCAUGAAAAGUUUAAUACUAAUUGCAGUGUACUUCUUCAGUAUGGUGUUUCCUAUAUGCCUGUUCACUUAAUUUCAUGUUCUGCCUCCAUGUUACAGCAACAACGGAUGCGAACAGUGGAACAGUUGGCCAUACGGUGCAAAUCCAAACAGCAUUUUGUUCUGUUACACACAGGGUCACCAUGAGUCGUAAAUGACUGGACGGCAACUAACAACUACCUGCAUUUACUCUGUGCUGAAAGUUCUUAAACCCGUUGCUGGGUUGAUACAGCAUGCUUAACCAGGUCAAUGAAAGACCUGGAGGUUGUGUGUGAACAAUGUGCUAAGUGAGCCUGUUAAGUUUUACCUUGGUUUCCUUUUCGGUGUCAAUAAAACAUGUCACUUUCAAUUUA